AUGAGCAACGAACAAGAGAUACCAGGUGGUUUCGAAAAUACAGACACCCAUGACCAUGCCUUAUUAGCGCCAGGAGAGAGUAAUGCCGUUCAAAAGGUCAACAAUAAUGGAAAACAGUCAGACGUCAAGUGGAAGCAGGCUUCCAAGAUAGUAGACGAGCAACUUAUGCCUGAUCUUUCUAAUGAGGAUCUAUGGUUGCUUGUUCGGAGGUUUAACAAGCAAAUACAUCAUGUUAAAGCUAUACAAGGCCCUCCCCAAGACGAGCUAGACCUCAACCGGGCAGACGAGGAACAAUUUCCCCCAGAAAAGCUGCGGGCAACUACUGAACGGUUCUACACUUCUGUGGUUGUAGGAUUGGUUAAUAUCUUCAGUCACGUCACUAGACUGCAGUCAUGGAAAGAGCCUAGACGUACAACAGCUUUCUGCAUAACUUACUUUGUUGCAUGGUUUUUGGAUCUUCUUAUUCCUGUGACCACCGGUGUUCUUGUUGCGUUGAUUCUGUUCCCAUCCACACGGUCCCUGCUCUUCCCUCCUAGAAUCACUUCAGGGGAUGGCUCAGAUGCUGGUAGUGUGGAGCAGUCUACGCGUGAUAGUAUUACCAAUUCCCCAGAAACAUACAAAGGCGAAGCAGCAGAGCAGGAGGCCUCCAACUUGGUCAACGAUAUCGCUAAUAUCGCUAUGGAAAGUGCACGAGGCAAAUACGGCCAAUCAGUGAUUGAUGGUGAUGAUGCUGAGGGCUCAUCUGAGCCUGAACCAGUCGAUGUCGGGGCAAUCACUGCAGAUGUGCAAGCUGAGAAUGCACCAGUCGAAGAUAAAACCAAAAAGCCUAUGAAGAAGAAGAUAUCAAAGGCUACGAACCAGACAAUGCGUAUACUUGGCGAUAUCACAGAUAUAUAUGAGCAAUUUUCAAAUAUUUUAUCCCCCACCCCACCAUUCCUUGCCAUAGCACCCCGCCUGCAACUGGUGGGGAUGUUGAUAUCUAUAGCUCUGAUAUCCCUUGUCACAUCGAGUCAUUUUAUGAUCAAGUCUGGCAGCUUUCUCUUGGGACUGGCCGUCUUUGGUGACCCUGUCCUGCAACGCACUAUAGCCUUCUUGAACGACAAGGUUGCAAACUGGAAAGAGUAUCUAGACUUACAAAAUACACUUCUAAAAGGCGUUCCCACAAACGCCCAACUCACCCUAGCCCUUCUUCGUCUUGGUGAAAUCAACUCCACACCGUUGCCUCCACCCCCAACCUCACACAACAAUGAACCAUUAUGGCCUAUUCGCAAACCUUUCGGUAGUAUAACUUCUGGCAAAAACAAAGAUGAACCCUCUUCAGCUCUCAUAUCGCAAACCCCAAGCCCCAAACUAGAACUUUCCAAAGCAGAAGCCCGCAAGAAAAAAUGGUCCAAGAUUCUCAAGUUCAUCGGCCGAACAAUCGCAACAGCAAUGAAAGGGCACAUCGCAUUCGACCGCGCAAUGAGAAUUACAGAAUCAGCAAACACGAAGAACCUAAUUGGUCUGUUAAGCCGACGAGGCUGGAUCACGGCACCACCUGUCGGGCCUCUCAAAUUCGAGGCAAAGUUUGAGCGCAAGCGAGGUACAGUGGUCAUCGACUCGUCGCAGGAACAGCCCGUACUCUAUUUCACGACUUGUCAGUCUGCUAAACUGGAUGAUUUGCGACUGGAGAAUCAGAAGAAGAGUGCCGUUUUGUUUCAGAUUCCUAUCAAUGAGAUCAAGGAACUGAAGAAGACGGAGGGGCUGGGUUGGAAGGGGAAGCUGAUUGUUGAGUUGACGGCCGGGACCAAGGAUUCCAUUGAUGGGUUGGUGAUUUCGAGGAUGGAGCCUCAAUAUCAAUCUUAUCAUGUUACUGGUAUGCGGGGAAGGAAUCAGUUAUUUAAUCGACUGAUUGCUAUGGAUGCGCAAUUUUGGGAGAGUCAUUGA